AAACAUGUCACCGGAAACCAGGCAGUGUUUCCCGGAAGUGCAGCGCGUAAGAGAUUAAAACGGUGUUGAGUAAAAUACCGUAAAACACUUUUAUAUACUGUAAUGAAUAUAACUAAUUUGAUUUAUUUUUCGUUAUUAUAAUACGGUGUGUGAGCAGUUUAGAUUGAAAGCUCCGUUUCCGGUUCGCUGUGUCUCACAAUGCUGAGGAUGGACUCCAGUGAGGAUGUGUCGUUAUUCGAUGCUGAAGAGGAAUCUACAAAGAAUUCACGAAAAUCUAAAAUAAAACACCCCGUGGCCUCGUUCUUCCACCUGUUUUUCCGUAUCGGAGCGAUCCUGAUUUACCUCCUGUGUGAGUUCCUCAGCAGCAGCUUCAUCGCCUGCAUGGUGUCCAUCAUCCUCCUGCUGUCAUGUGAUUUCUGGACUGUUAAAAACAUCACAGGCCGGUUAUUGGUGGGUCUGCGCUGGUGGAACCAGGUGGAUGAAGACGGGAACAGUCACUGGGUGUUUGAGUCUAGAAAGGCGGUGGUGUUAAUGGGUCUAGUUCUGCAGUGUGCUAAUCUCUAUGGUUACGUUCGGUGUAAAGUUGGAACCAGCAGUAAUCUGAAGAACAUGGCCACUACCUAUCUGGGAAAACAGUUCCUUUCUCAGGCUGUGAGUAAACAGGACACAUCAUGAAGCAAAGCUACAGAAACAUGUCUCAUUCUGAAGUGUGUGUGUGUGUGUGUGUGUGUGUGUGUGUGUGCACUCACAUUAUUCUCAGCUCAGAGUUAUUUAUUCACUUGUGUGUUGUUGUAUGUAGAUUUUGUAAAGAAACAUUUCUCUGAAAGGAUUUAUUUGAAUUUAGAGGAUUGAGUCUGUCACUAUAGUCAUGUAUCUACUGUUAUUCCAGAAUAUGAAAAAAUAAAUCAUAUAUAAUCCA